GGAGCAGAUGAUGAUACCAUGGGUGAUGGUUGCUCUCAGAAACUGGCGACUGUGAAUAUUCUUCGUUUCCUAUUGCUGGUCCUGAUUCCAUGUAUCUGUGCUCUCAUUGUCCUGCUGGUGAUCCUGCUGUCCUUUGUUGGAACAUUAAAAAAAGCCUAUUUUAAAUCAAAUGGGAGUGAACCUUUGGUCACUGAUGGUGAAGUCCAUGUGUAUGAUGUUAUUCUUCCAAGUACAACUCAUAACGAGAGCACCAGAACAUCUACUGCCAAUCCCACCCAACACAUUCCAGCCUGGACUAUGGAGGCUUCUCUCCCAGGGGACCAAAAUCACAGGAGCACAAGUGCCUGCAUGAACAUCACUCACAGCCAGUGUCAGAUGCUGCCCUACCACACCACGCUGACACCUCUCCUCUCUAUUGUCAAAAACAUGGAAAUGGAGAAGUUCCUCAAGUUCUUCAUGUACCUCCAUCGCCUUGGUUGCUAUCAACAUAUCAUGCUUUUCGGCUGCAGCCUUGCCUUCCCCGAGUGCAUCGGUGACGGUGAUGACAGUCAUGGACUCCUGCCCUGUAGGUCCUUCUGUGAGUCUGCAAAAGAGGGCUGUGAAUCAGUCCUGGGGAUGGUGAAUGCCUCCUGGCCCGAAUUCCUCAAAUGCUCCCAGUUUAGAAACCAAAGUGAAAACAACAAUGUCAGCAGGAUUUGCUUCUCACCACAGCAGGAAAAAGAAAAGCAAUUGAUCUGCGGAGGGGGUGAGAGCUUUCUGUGUGCCAGUGGCAUCUGUGUCCCCAGGAAACUGCUGUGUAAUGGCUACAACGACUGUGGCGACUGGAGUGACGAGGCUCAUUGCAAUUGCAGCGAGAGUCUGUUUCACUGUCACACGGGCAAGUGCCUUAAUUAUAGCCUGGUAUGUGAUGGAUAUGACGACUGUGGGGAUCUGAGUGAUGAGCAAAACUGUGACUGCAACCCCACAGAGGAGCAUCGCUGUGGAGAUGGACGCUGCAUUGCCAUAGAGUGGGUGUGUGACGGUGACCAUGACUGUGGGGAUAAGUCUGACGAGGUCAAUUGCUCAUGUCACAGCCAGGGUCUGGUGGAAUGCAGAAGUGGCCAGUGUAUCCCCAGCACUUUCCAGUGUGAUGGAGACGAGGACUGUAAGGACGGAAGUGAUGAGGAGAGUUGCACCAAUGGUCAGACUCCGUGUCAAGAAGGAGAUCAAAGAUGCCUCUACAGUUCCUGCCUUGAUUCAUGUGGUGGUAGCUCUCUUUGUGAUCCCAGCAACAGUCUGAAUAAUUGUAGUCAGUGUGAACCAAUUACGUUGGAACUCUGCAUGAAUUUGCCCUACAACCAUACAAAUUAUCCAAAUUACCUCGGCCACAGGACUCAAAAGGAGGCAUCCAUCAGCUGGGAGUCUUCUCUUUUCCCUGCACUUGUUCAAACCAACUGUUACAAAUACCUCAUGUUCUUUGCUUGCACCAUCUUGGUACCAAAGUGUGACAAGAAUACAAGCCAGCGUAUCCCUCCUUGCAGAGCUCUGUGUGAGCAUUCCAAAGAACGCUGUGAGUCUGUUCUUGGGAUUGUGGGCCUACAAUGGCCAGAAGACACAGAUUGCAAUCAAUUUCCAGAGGAAAAUUCAGACAGUCAAACCUGUCUAAUGCCUGAUGACGAUGUGGAAGAAUGCUCACCUAGUCACUUCAAGUGCAGCUCAGGACGGUGUGUUCUGGCUUCCAGAAGAUGUGAUGGCCAGGCUGACUGUGAUGAUGAUAGUGAUGAAGAAAACUGUGGAUGUAAAGAGAGAGAUCUUUGGGAGUGUCCAUCUAACAAGCAAUGUUUGAAGCACACAGUCAUCUGUGAUGGGUUCCCAGACUGCCCUGAUAACAUGGAUGAAAAAAAUUGCUCAUUUUGCCAAGAUGAUGAGCUAGAAUGUGCAAACCACGAGUGUGUGUCACGUGACCGGUGGUGUGACGGCGAAGCCGACUGCAUAGACAGUUCCGACGAAUGGGACUGUGUGACCCUCUCUGCAAAUGUGAACUCCUCGUCAUUCCUGACCGCUCACAGAUCUGCCAUGGAACACCACGUGUGUGCGGAUGGCUGGCAGGAGACGUUGAGUCAGCUGGCCUGCAAGCAGAUGGGUUUAGGAGAACCAUCUGUGACCAAAGUGAUACAGGAACAGGAGCGAGACCAGCAGUGGCUGACAUUGCACUCCGACUGGGAAAGCCUUAAUGGGACCACUUUGCAUGAACUACUGGUAAAAGGGCAGUCCUGUCACAGCAGAAGUAAGAUUUCUCUUCUAUGUACUAAACAAGACUGUGGGCGCCGCCCUGCUGCCCGAAUGAACAAGAGGAUCCUUGGGGGUCGGACGAGUCGCCCAGGAAGGUGGCCCUGGCAGUGUUCCCUGCAGAGUGAACCCAGUGGUCACAUUUGUGGCUGUGUCCUCAUUGCCAAGAAGUGGGUUCUGACAGUCGCCCACUGCUUCGAGGGGAGAGAGAAUGCUGCCGUUUGGAAAGUGGUGUUUGGCGUCAAUAAUCUAGACCACCCAUCAACGUUCAUGCAGAUGCGCCUCGUGAAAACCAUCAUCCUGCAUCCUCGCUACAGUCGAGCAGUGGUAGACUAUGACAUCAGCAUAGUGGAGCUAAGCGAGGACAUCAAUGAAACGAGCUACGUCCGGCCCGUCUGCUUACCCAGCCCGGAGCAGUCAUUAGAACCUGAUACUUACUGCUAUAUCACAGGCUGGGGACACAUGGGCAACAAAAUGCCUUUUAAGCUGCAAGAGGGAGAAGUCCGCAUCAUUUCUCUGGAGCAGUGUCAGUCCUACUUUGACACUAAGACCAUCACCACCCGGAUGAUCUGUGCCGGCUAUGAGUCUGGCACGGUUGACUCGUGCAUGGGUGACAGUGGUGGGCCUCUGGUCUGUGAGCGGCCUGGAGGACAGUGGACAUUAUUUGGCUUAACUUCAUGGGGCUCUGUCUGCUUUUCCAAAGUCCUGGGACCUGGAGUUUAUAGCAACGUGACAUACUUUGUCAAAUGGAUUGAAAGACAAAUAUACAUCCACGCCUUUUUCCUAAACUAAUUCCAAAGAUGAUCAGAGACUUUUACCAGCGACACUCAGAGCAAAGAGCCUUCUCGAUAGUGGAGGACUUCCUGCAGAGAGCUGUGUGGAAGCACUUUCAUGGACAGUAAUGCUCCACAGUGCACUGCAAAUGUUCAUGUUUGUCUUGGUCUAAUUUUAUGCAGCUUUUUGUUUUUUAAAUUCUAUUUUUCUCUUACAUCAAGUUGAAUGAAAAUCUUUUAAAACCCAAAGCAAAACAGAGUUUGUUCUUUUGCCAGGCAGGCCUAACCUUAACUAUAACAUGAAAUGAUCCACUCUGGAAAGAGAAGAGUGUAACAGGUUAGAGAAAGUUCCCUUUUGUCCAGUCACAAAAAGGACAUUGAGAUCCAGGCUGACUAAUCUUUGCCAGCUUUUGUUUCUCAAGCACAAGAGCAUAAUAGCAAAUUACAAUAUUAACAUCAGAGACUUGCUUUUGAUUUAUUAAAAGCCAAGAUAAUUUACAUGCUUAAGUUAUUUACUAUUACUCUUCUAAAGUUUGCAUAAUGCUGAGAACUUAUGAAAGACAGAGCAUCCGUUUAGGUAGCUGAAAUAGCAAAUCACAUUGAGCACAAAGCUCUUUUGACAUCCAUAUUAGCACCUGACAUGCUUGGACUGCCCAUUCUGAAUUUAAAUCAAGACUGUAAUUUUACAGAAAGUCUCCAAAGAACCUUCCUAGAGCUGGGGUUUGUUCACUGUGUAUCACUUAGCCAAUUGAGAUUUUGACAACUAGGAAAAUACCUGUGGGAAAUAUUUCAUUCUGCCUAUGUGACAAUGAAGUUGAGAUUAAACUUUGCUAUAGGAGGAUUUGCUUUAGAGUAGAGAGAUGCAAUCUUUUCAAAAGAAAAUUGCACCCCACCCCUAAUUAAGUAUUUUCCAGUUUUCUUGUGUUUAUCCAUACCAAUAAAGUCACAGAAAUGUAUCUGAAAGCACAGUAAAACUUUGCACGGAGAAAAACAUUUUGUAAUUGUCCUUGAAAGACGUUUAAUAUCUGGUGUUGCCAUUUCUUCCCAUUGAUAAUUAAAACAAAAAUUUAAAGAUGCUUUUAAGCACUAGGCCACUUUACACACAUCAAUUUUGAAGUAAUUAGUGGUUACGGUAUUUUUUUCCCCGCAAAAAAGCUUCAAAACACAAAUCUUCACAUGCACCUACUUCAAUUAGUCAGGCAUCCAUUUUGCAACAUCCAAAUGCCUUUUGAACAAGUAGGAUUCCCUCCACCAGCAACCUGGGCUGCCUCAGCAUUCCCCAGAGACUACCUGCAAUUUUAUACGUGUCUUUUUUGUACUCUUUUCUAUAUGUGUGCGUAGGUGACAUUCGAAAAGUUGUCUUGACACUUUCCACAUUAUUCAUCUCUUGUUCUGUAGUUUAUAUAAACCUAUUGAGAAUGUAAAAUCCGGCAACCGAAUUGUGGUCGCAACUGUAUGAAAGUUUAAGAACACAUGUCAGUUUUGUUAUAAUUGUAGGUACAUAAUGUAACAACAUAUGCUCAACUUAUGUUCAGUGAAAUAUACAUCUUGUACUUACUUUAAGUAACCCUUAAUACAAAUAAAACGGUAUAAUCUUUUCUUUUUAUGGAUAUAAAACAUGGAGCAAGCCCCAGAAAACGGUGCCUCCCACUAUUAUAGUUGGCAUCCAGUUUCCCACCAAUCAAAAUUUUCUUGUCUUAUAUCUCACUCCCCCAGGAACAUACUCUUUUAUUUUAGAUGGAAGAUGGCUCUUUGAUUAGUCUGAAAUGAGAGGUUGCUAGCAGUCUCCAAUAACCCAUUGAGGGUCCAAGGAAAACUUCAGCCCUGAUAAGAAGGCAAGGAUCUUUCAUGUCUAGAGCACAUUUUGGGAAUCUGAUCCAAUUCUUUUAUAAAUAUUUAUGGGUAAAAUUGUAUCACACAUGUAUACUGUUAAUUUUUUUUUUUUUUUUUGGCUACUAGGAACAGAUUUGGGCUCCCCCAAAUUUGGUGAAAUACACUGAAUACCGAAAUGCAACAGACCACAUCAGCUUGGGUAACUUUGUGUAAAAGAGUUAUUGUAGAUAAGACCCUUUAAAGGCUUCAUACAGAUCCCAAAUCUCUUUUGCCGGAGGGCCAGAAAUGUUUCAGAAUCCAGAAUUUAAAAAAAUUUUAAAAGCAUAAUAUUACAACGUUUAGCACCCAGUAUAAAAUCUACUAAUAUUUUUGUAGCAAAAUAUAUGAAUAAUUACAUUAAAUAAAUAAAUAGCCUUACAUCUGUUUAACACAUUGAAUUUGUGCCUAAUUUAUGAAAACUUUUUCAGUUUUCAGAGUUCUUGAGACUGUGGAAUUGUGGAUAAGAGAUUGUAGACCCAUAGCAUGAAGACUCAAGACUUUCCUCUACUCAUGUGUACAGAUGUUUUACAUCCUGGGGAUUGACCUUUUCUCUUAGUCUUUUGGACUCAGUCUUUUUAUCCUUAGAUUCUAAUCUUUUAUUUGCAAGUGAAUAUAUCUCUAAAUUUUUAUUUAUUGGAAGAUGAUGAUCUCAAGGAAUGAAUGCCAGCUGCUAUAAGGAUCACUGACUUUUCCAUGUAAGAAAAGGUCAAAACAGUAUUCUGGUAAAAGGUGUGCUUUGGGAUUUUCCUUCUAAGUUCUGGUACCAAUUACUGUUGGAUUUGGUGAGUAUCUAUAGGAGCAAUGACAGCUUUUUGUAUAUGUUAUUUAUUAAACAGUUUAUUUUUAAAAAAUCUUAAGAAAGAAGAAAGCUACCUCCAUUAGCCAUAUGGGAUUCUGAAUAUUCUAGAAAUCAGUCUGUAUAA